CUUUCCCACAAAGAGCGAAAGAAACCAGUGAAAUAAUUUAGCAUGAUGGACCAUCAUUGAUGGUUUUAUAAUUCACGAAUUCACUUCAUAUUUCAUAGGACGGUGACACAUAAUCUGGCCUGACCAUAAAGUAAAUAUGUGCAUGAAUGGAGAUUCUGAACCGACAACUCCGGAACGGUGGGUCGCAACGGCCGAGGGUCGGGACAAUGACAACGUUCACUCUUAUGUUUGUCAUUCGUUGGACAACCUUUACAAAGAACUGAACAAUAACGGGAAUAGCAGAAAUCCUGCCCAGGUUGCAAACGCGGACAGACCAGUUAAUUCGAUUUGGAGCUUCUAUUGGAUCAAGAGCGGCUGCGUUCUGCAGGCAUUGCGGAAACAUGAGCAAAAAGGUCACAUAUUAUUUACACCUUUCGUAAUUGGGGAACUGCUUGCAGGAAAGACCGUGUUGGCCGGGGACUAUGAGGAAGACUUGUUGGAACCUGUUGAUAAGCUUAUUUGUGUUCGCGUGAACAAAAUUAAAAAGAAAGUCUGCCCUGGUCCCGAGAAUAAUGUAAUGUUAGACACCCAAGACUGGCCUGUCGCGACAAAUACUAACCAAUGCAAAACACGUCGUCGCUUUGAAGUAAUGGGAGAUUUAGCUCAAUGCAUACAGACAUUCGUAAAGACGGACGAUCUUCUCGUCAUCACUGGAGCCACGACUUUACCUUGUAGUUCUGUCAAAGGAAACAAGAUAUUUAAUUAUGGACUAAAUCAUUCCAAAAAUUACAAAUCGCAAAAGAUUUUCUUGUUUCGAAUGGAGGACUCUCAAUCCAUCGACAAAGAAGCUUUUCGUUCAAAACUUCCCAAAGAAUAUCUUGGCCAAAUCAUUCUAAAGCGUGGCCAGAAUGACCAAUGCUUUAUUUUCAGCACGAAUAAGCCCUUCGCAGAAAUUCACAUUCCAUUAGAGGAUUUGGAGCUUGAUGAAGAUAGUCCACCAAAUUCUGAAUUUACCCAAAGUGACGAGGAGAUGGAUGUACAUCAAAAUAAUUUGCGAGCAGAUGAGCAAAAUCAGCGACAAGACAUUGAUGACAUGGAGGGUGACAGCAACCAGGAACAACAAGAAGAGGAAGACAACGAAGAACAAGAAAUAGUUACCGGAGGAAACGAGAAUUUUGUCCUAAGCAGCCCAGAGACAUCUGAAGACGAAAGAGGCAGAAACGAUUCUGAUGACGAGGUAGCAGACGUCAACGUCAACGAGAGACGAAACGAGGAAAUUGACCACCCAGAAAGUCGACCUUUUGUCAGUGACAAUUCCUUUGAAAAUUUACAAAGUUCGAUACACCAAAAUGAUAUUGAACAAGCGGACAUUUUGAGCGAGAGGCUUCCAUCACAAAAUCUGAAUUACUCUGAUGUUAUCAGUCAACGACUUAGUUCUCAAAAUGAUAACUCACAUUCGGAUCUCGCCAGUCAGCGACUUGGUUCUCAAAAUGAUAACUUGCACUUGAAUCUUAAUUUCCAGAAUGAGAAUCAAGAGAUUGAAGUUAUCAUCGAUCAUAAUCUUCAUUCAGAUUUUAGUAGCCAGCGAUUUUCUUCGCAAUCUCAACACCUGGAAUUAUUGCAUCCUUCAAGUCAACCAACCAAUGGACAAGGUUUGUCCAAAAUUCUAGAGGUCCCAGUGGAGCCAUUAUCCGGCCAGUGUAAUAUUUCUGAUGGGAUUGACGGUGUUGAGAAUGACCAUACGCCUGAAUGUAGUCACUCGGUUGACAAAGUUACUGCUGGGUCAACCUUCACGGUGCUCGAACUUGAUUCUUCUCCAAGUUCGCCCGUGGAUCGUCACGUUCAGUUUUUAAUUAAAGAAGGGGACUCUUCACCACCGUCUCCUGAAGGGAGUGCACAACAACUUGAGGACCCCUUCGCUGGUAUCCCGGACCCUGCUCAAUUUACUGCUGCGACGCAGCCACUUUUUCGUACCUCUUUGCCUGUUGGUCAAAUAGGAGCAAUCAUCCAGGGACAGCCAUCCCCAACACCCCACACACAACCCCUGUGGUCCGACGUAGAUCAUAAUCUACUUCCUAAUCCAGCACACAAAUUCCAUGAUUUACGAGCGCCUAAGAUCAAGAAAAGGAAAAUUGAUCCUAAGAGUAAGAAAAAAUUUCAUUCACAAGGAUUAGAGUUGCAGAUACGAGGCGAUGUGGUGGAAGCAGAAGGACCGUCCAGCAACGUUAGUAGGGGGCCGGACCAAUUAAUCCACGCUGUGAUCGCCUCAAAUAACGCUGGAUUACAGCAGCAAGAAGAAGUGGAAUCUGAAUCCAUUGAUCAGAUUUCGAUUGAACACUGCUUCGUGAGACUGACGCCGAUCGAUUUCUUCCGAGGAUCGUCGGAUGAAGAAGACUGAUCUCUCAACGUAAAUCAUGGGUCAAUAAAUUUGGAAUAUUAAGUUUUACUUGACUAAAAUACUCGAUAAAUUUUUUCUGAUGAAUAGUUGAUUUUUUAAGUUGCGCUAUCAAUCAGCCUGAUUGAAUCAAGGGUGAUGAAUAAAUACAAAGUGUUUACACAGUAA